CCCGGACAUCCAUGGUGAAACCCCGUUACCUGCUCUUUGAAACUUGCUUGUGUCUGUACACUCGUUUCUAAGGCGAAUUCCCUUACCACUUCAAGAUGUCUCACAGCGAGGACGUUCAGAAGCGCACCUUCACCAACUGGGCCAACAACUACCUCAACGACCGCGGUUAUGAGAUCAAGGACCUCUUCACCGACCUCGAUGAUGGUCUGAUGCUGAUCAACCUUCUGGAGAUUAUCUCCUCCAAGAAGCUUGGCCGCUACAACCGCAAGCCUUCGCUCAAGUUCCAGAUGGGUGAGAACCUGACCCUCUGCUUCAGCUUCCUGGCUUCGGAGAACAUCAAGCUGGUCAACAUCAACAACGAGGAUAUCUGGGACCACAACCCGCGCCUGAUUCUCGGUCUCCUGUGGACCAUCAUUCUGCGCUACCAGGUGAACCGCGUGUCGGCCACCGCCGAGGGCCCGGCCGCCACCAGCGCCAAGAACGCCAUCCUCCAGUGGGUUUCUUCGCGCUCUCGCGAGGACGUCAAGUCUUUCUCCGACUUCAACGACGGUCGCAUCCUCUCCAAGCUGGUCAACCACCUGUCUCGCCUGGCCGGCCAGGAGCGCCCCUUCGAUGUGGACGCCCUCGACACCGCCGAUGGCUUCGGCAACAACGAUGCCGCCAUCAAGAAGGCCGAGGAGGCUCCCCUUGGCAUCCGCGCCCUCAUCGACGCCGAUGUCCUGGUCACCCCGAAGCCCGAUGACAUGUCCUGCAUGACCUACAUCUCUGCCUACAUUGCCAAGGAGAAUGAGCUGCUCGGUGGCCGCCCCUGGAACCCGGAGGACAGCCUGGACCUGCAGUACACCGUCUCCGGCCCGGGUGUCAGCUCCCCGGUCGACGAGCAGGCCGACACUUAUGUCCUGAUUCUCAUCAAGGACUCCGACGGCAAUGUCGUCACCUCUGCCCCGGAGGAGCAGCCCGCCUCUCCGGGCGCCACCACCGAGGGCGAGGGCUCCCCCGAGGUCCCUGCCGAUGAUGGUCUUACUCCCGUCGCCGCCCCGGUCUCCGCCGCCAGUGUCCAGGUUGAGGUCUUCAACCCGGAGGGUGACCAGCUGUCUGUCGCCCCGCUCCAGACCCAGGAGGAUGGCCACCUGCGCGCUGACUAUGCCACCGGCGACCAGGGUGGCUAUGUCAUCACCAUCAAGGACUCCAAGGGCUCCCAUGUUGCUGACUCCCCCUAUGAGGUGACUGUCGGCCCGCUGCCCGAUGCCGCCAACUCCAAGGCCUACGGCCCUGGUCUCGUGUCCCCGCCUGUUGCCAUUGAGACUCACUUCUUUGUCGAGGCUCGCAACACCAAGGGCGACCUGAUUGCCGCCCCCCCGGCCGGCGGUCUGGCCAAGUCCAAGGAGCCGGUCACGGUCACCGUCACUGCCCCGGAGACCGGUGCCGUCCUGCCCAGCUCCAUCGACGUCAACGAGGAGAGCAUCCGCAAUGUGGUCUUCUCCCCCGAGUCCCAGGGUGUGCACAUCGUCGAGGUCAAGGUCGGCGGUGAGCAUGUCGUUGGCUCUCCCUUCCAGGUCCCGGUCCGCAACAAGGCUUCCGGUGCCCAGUCCAAGGCCUACGGCCCGGGUCUGGAGGCCGGCAACACCGCCGGUGCCGAGGCCCAGUUCACCGUCGAGGUCUGCGACGAGGAGGGCAACGCCAUCCCCGUCACCGGUGUCGUCACCGAUGAGGCCACCGGUGCCCUGGCUCACGAUGCCGCUUCCGUGGUCGUGACCAACCCCGCCGGCGAGGCCGUCGCCGUUGUGCUGACCGCCAACGAGGAUGGCACUCGUGGUGCUGCCUACACCCCCAGCGAGAAGGGCACCUACGGUGUGGCCGUCGUUGUUGAUGGUGAGCCGGUCCCCGGGUCUGAGUUCACCGUGGCCAUCCUCGGCGCCCCGACCGGUGGUUCUUCCUCGGCCGAGGGUGUCGGCCUCGAGCGCCCGCUUGCCGGCCAGCCCGCCCCCUUCGUGGUCACUGUCCGCGAUGUGGAUGGCGAUGUGAUCCCCCUGCGCGCGGACCGCCCGGCCGAUGCCGAGCUGGUCAAGGUGGCCGUUCGUGACGCCGCCGGCCAGGAGGUCCCCUUCACUUCGACCAUCGCCGAGGACGGUACCGUCCAGGUGGAGUACCUCCCCCCGGCCGCCGGCAAGUAUGAGGUGGAUGUUCUCGUUGGCGAGGAGCAUGUCCCGGGCUCGACCUUCUCUCCGGAGAUCCGCCCCGACUAUGAUGCCAGCAAGUGCGAGGCCUUCGGCCCGGGUCUGGAGUCGGCCGCCGACCAUGUUGACACCGACUUCUUCGUGCGCGUGCGCGAUGCCGCCGGCAAUGAUGUUGCCUGCCUGCCGCUGGAGGAGGGCGUCACCGAGUCCGACACCAACCCCACCGGGCAUGUCAAUGUCAAGAUCACCGGUCCCGAUGGCGAGGAGGUCCCGGCCCAGCUGACCCCGGCCAGCGAUGGUACCAUGAAGGUCAGCUACGAGCCGACCUCCGUCGGUGAUCACCAGGUCGAGGUCCUGGUCAAUGGCGAUGGUGUCCCCGGUUCCGUGUUCACCGUUCCGGUGGGCUCUGGUGCCGAUGUGUCCAAGACCAAGGUCGAGGGCAAGGGCACCAAGAAGGCCGACACCGAGAACCCGACGGAGUUUGUGGUCACCCCGCGCACCGCUUCCAAGGAUGCUCGUCCGGCUGGUGCCGAUGAGAUCACCGCCACCGUCACCGAUGCCGACGGCGAGGACAUCCCGGCCACUGUCACCGACAACGGCGAUGGCACCUACACCGUGGCCUACCAGCCCACCAAGCCCGUCAACCAUGAGGUCGAUGUCAAGGUCAACGGCGAGACCGUUCCCAAGGCCCCGUUCAAGGUCAAGGUCAAUGUCGGUGCCGAUGCCAACAACUGCACCGGCGAGGGCAUGGGCCUGAACGCCCCGAUGGUCAACGAGGAGACCCACUUCUUUGUCAUCAAGCGCGACAAGAACAACGAGGUGGCUGCCUUCGACCCGGAGACCGACAACUUCACCUGCGAGAUUGUCGAUCCCAGCGGCAAGGCCGUCGAGGCUGCCCUGGUGAUUGUCGGCUCGGAGCAGCCUGCUGCCACCGAGGAGACCGAGGAGGCCGAGGCCACCGAGGAGGAGGCUGCUGCCCCUGCCGCCGCCGAGGAGACUGAGGAGACCGAGGGCGACGACUCGGCCGCCGCCACCGAGGCCGCCGACGAGCACACCGGUGCCUACCGCGUCACCUACACUCCCCUGGUCCCUGGCCGCCACACCAUCAAGCUUUGCAUCAACGGCAAGGCCAUCAAGCGCAGCCCCUUCCGCGUGAACGUCCGCAAGGCCGCCACCGUGUCCAUGAACGUCGAUGGCAUCAAGAUCAACGACGUCGCCGUCAAGAUCAAGGAGGGUACCUCUACCCACAUCAUCCACGAGCUUCCUGGCGGUCGCUUCCUGAAGAUUUCCUUCGAUGUCGGCCGUCCCGAGGAUGCCGACCCGUCCGACGAUGAGGAUGAGGUCGCCGGCGAGGAGGAGGAGGAGGAGCAGCAGCAGGAGGAGGCCGCCGCCCCGGCUGCUGCUGCUGGCUCCGCCGACGAGUCCGCCGCCGCCGAGGAGGCUGCCCCGACCGCCGAGGCCCCCAAGGAUGCCGCCCCGGCUGAGGCUGCCGCCGUUGAGGAGGAGAUUGCCGCCUAAUGGAGGGUGAGCUGGUCUCUCUCUGCCGCGCGCCGCCCAUGUGCGCAGGGGGGAGAGGAUGGGCGGAGGACGGGCGGACGAGGCGUGACAAUGUUGUUGUAGCCCUCCUCUCGAGGGCGGCGGCGGGGGGGG